UUCGUGGAUGAUCAUGAGACCAUAGAAGACAGAUCCGUGGAACAUGGAAUGAUCAGACGGACGGCCGUAAUCGCCUUAUCUUUCUCUGAACAGGAAAACAUUAACACGGGGACGGGGCCCAUCUAAUUAAUGUAGGUAACGUUCUAGGAAGUUACGGUUUAUGGACAACCAAACGGUUAGAGCCUAGAGGCCAGUAGACAGUAGUAGUGGUAGAUCAUCAUCGUAAGUUGUAAGUUUUAACUAGACCUGUCUGAAUUAGACACCGACGUCUCCAUGAAGUGAAACUUCGCCGCUUCUCGUUCUUUGAUUGGGCUUCAUGUGAUGUGGUACUGACUAAUAAUUCUCCUUCUAGAUUUUUAAUGCUCGAACUAUUCCUUUACCGAGCAUAGACUUCUUGAAAAUUCGUCUAUGCUCUGUUUCUCGUCUCCUAAACUGACCUUGUUUUGCUUGAAAACUUACAACACAUUGUUGACGAGUUGUUGCUCAGGGUGUGAAUAGAGAAAGAGACUGGUUUCAACUUUCAAUGUGGGUUUAUUAAAAAAUGGCAAGAAACUGGAAGAGGGAUUUCUAUGUUACAGAGGUUGUGGAGUUCUUCAACCAUUUGAUGGGUGAAAGGCCUCUCUUUUCUUUUCUUCUUCUCUUGGUGCUACUUGCAUGGGCUGUUGAAAGAUGGGUCUUACCGUUCUCGAAUUGGGCCACUAUAGCUGUCACUAUCUGGGCAACGCUUCAGUAUGGGAGCUAUCAAAAGUGGCUUUUUGUAGAAGACCUGAACAAAAGAUGGAAGCAAACCAUAUUGAAAACAUUGCCCAUGACACCAUUAGAGCACUGUGAGUGGCUGAACAAGCUUUUGAUGGAAAUUUGGUCAAAUUUUAUUAACCCAAAACUUUCUAAAAUGUUCUCUUCUGUUGUUGAGAAGCAGUUAAAACACCGAAGACCAAGGCUUAUUGAAAAAAUUGAAUUGAAGGAGUUUUCAUUAGGUUUACUUCCACCCAGCUUUGGAUUGCAUGGGACUCAUUGGUCAACUUCAGGUGACGAGCUUCUCUUGAUGCCAGUGCUGGAUGGAAAAGCGGUUUUGUAUUCAUUUGAAUCAACUCCUGAGGUGAGAAUUGGUGUUGCCUUUGGAGGCAGUGGGAACCAAAGACUUUCAGGGACAGAACUUCCAGGUGUUUCAUCUUGGCUGGUUAAUCUUUUUACCAAAAUGUUAGUCAAGACAAUGGUUGAGCCUCGCCGAAGAUGUUAUUCUUUACCAUCAGUAGAUUUGUGGAAAAGGGCUGUUGGAGGUUUACUUUCAGUAACAAUUGUUUCAGUGAAUAAACUGGUGGGAAAUAACAUAAAAGCAAGCACUUCCAGAAGCAAACAGAACUCUAUGAGAAAUGGUAAUUUAGAAGAGAACCCUGAUAACAAGGUUCUGCAAACAUUUGUAGAGGUUGAACUUGAGCAAUUAAUCAGGAGAACAGAUAAGAGUCCAGGUUCAUGCCCUAGAUGGGAUGCAACAUUUAACAUGGUUUUACAUGAAGAUUCAGGAACUCUUAGGUUCCUUCUUUAUGAAUGUACCCCAAGGAGUUUGAAGUAUGAUUAUCUAAGCAGCUGCGAAAUUAAGAUGAAAUAUGUUGCUGAUGACUCAACGAUAUUCUGGGCAAUAGGAUCCGGAACCAGUGUAUUAGCUAGACAUGUUGAGAGCUGCGGGAAAGAAGUUGAAAUGGUCCUUCCAUUUGAGGGACCUAACAUAGGAGAGUUAACGGUGAAGCUAAUGUUGAAGGAAUGGCAGUUUUCUAAUGGUUCAAAUAUUUUGAACAACUCUCUCCAUGCUAGCUCUCGAGAAUCUUUAUGUGGCUCAUCAGGCAUUCAAUCAAGGACAGGAAGGAAGCUAAAUAUCAUUGUUGUAGAAGGAAAUAAUUUGAUUGGGAAAGAUAAGUCUGGAAAAUGUAGCCCUUAUGUAAAACUCCAAUAUGGGAAGGUCUUCCAUAGAACAAGGACAAUCCAUCAUCCCAUGAAUCCUAUCUGGAAUCAUAAGUUUGAAUUUGAUGAAAUAGGAAAUGGUGAAUAUCUCAAGAUAAAAUGCUAUUCUGAAGGCCCCUUUGGAUAUGACAACAUUGGAACUGCACGUGUAAAUUUAGAAGGACUAGUUGAAGGCUCUUUGAGGGAUGUAUGGAUCCCUCUUGAAAAAGCGAAAUCUGGAGAAUUGAGGCUACAAAUAGAAGCAGUGAGAAAUGAUGACUAUGACAGAUCAAGGAGUGUAAUGGCAGGGUUAGGAAAUGGUUGGAUUGAACUAGUUCUAAUUGAAGCAAGAGACCUCAUUGCUGCUGAUUUGAGGGGAACAAGUGAUCCAUAUGUGAAGAUACAAUAUGGAAGCUUGAAGAAAAGAACAAAGGUUAUUUAUAAAACACUGAGUCCUCAAUGGAAUCAGACCCUAAAGUUCCCCGACGAUGGUAGUCCCUUAGUUUUGCAUGUGAAAGAUCAUAAUACUGUCCUGCCAAGAUCAAGUAUAGGUGAUUGUGUUGUAGAAUAUCAAGGAUUGCCUCCAAACCAGAUGGCCGACAAGUGGAUACCUCUCCAGGGAGUAAAGAGGGGAGAGAUCCAUAUACAAAUAACAAGAAGGAUUCCAGAACUACAGAAAAAGUCCAGUUUGGAUUCCGAGAAUCCAAGCUUAAGUAGAGCAUAUCAAAUUUCUGCCCAGAUAAGGCAAACAAUGGCCAAGGUACAAGCCUUGCUUAAGGAGGGGGACCUUGAACGACUCUCACUGGCAUUGUGUGAGGUUGAAAACCUUGAAGACGUGAAGCAUGAGUACAUGUUACAGCUUGAGACAGAGAAGACUCUGUUGCUUAAUAAGAUAAAUGAGUUUGGUCGGGAAAUAUACAAAUGUUCACCUUCCCUAACUAGGAAAAUGUAUGGCAGCUGAGUGUUUUUGGCCGACAUAUAUACCUAAUGUUCAUUUAUAUUCUAUCUGUAUGCCACAAAUUUGUUAAAUUGCAGCCUUAAAUGAUGGUUCCUUGAUAUGUACAUUCUCAUUUGAGGUAUUAAUACAUUCAGUAAUACUUUCCUACAGUAA